AGCCCAGAGCAGAACACACAGUCUUUUUUUGUGUAUGGUGUGAGGAAAUGGUCCAGUUUCAUUCUUCUGCAUGUGGCUGUCCAAUUUUCCCAACAUCAUUUGUUGAAGAGACGCAGACUGUAUCUUCAGAGUUGACUUUAAAAAGAAGAGUAACUAGCAUUUCCUGAGUGCUUCCUAAAAGAGCCAUGCGGCCAGAGACGCUGGCCCUCGGCUGGGCCGUCGCCGCCACCCUGGUGCUACAGGCACUGACCACGGCCAAGUGCACCUCACAGAACCUGCAUGGCAAGGCCAGGGUGUUCAAAGACCUGAGCGCCCAAGAGCUGAAGGCUGUGCGCCGCUUCCUCUGGUCCCAGGAGGAGCUGAGGCUGGAGCCCUCUAGAACACCGACGGUGGCCAAGAACUCCGUGUUCCUCAUUGAGAUGCUGCUACCCAAGAAGCAAAACAUACUGAGAUUUCUGAAUAAAGGUGGAAGGCCUCCUGUUCGGGAGGCGCGUGCUGUCAUCUUCUUCGGAGCCCAGGAGCAUCCCAAUGUCACCGAGUUUGCGGUGGGGCCCCUGCCAUGGCCCUACUACAUGCGAGAGCUGCCCCCCAGGCCUGGGCACCGCACCACGUGGACCUCCCGACCCAUCACCUGGGCAGAGUCUGUCCUCCUGGGCCAGACCCUGCAGAAGACCACCAAACCCCUGCACCAAUUUUUUCUUAAUACCACAGGCUUUUCUUUCCAAGACUGUGACUCUCGAUGCCUAACUUUCACAGACGUGGCACCUCGGGGCUUGGCCUCCGGUGAGCGCCGCUCCUGGUUCAUCCUACAGCGCUCUGUAGAAGGCUACUUUUUGCACCCCACUGGCCUGGAGCUCCUCAUAGAUCACAGGAGCACAGACCCCCAAGACUGGAAAGUGGAGCAGGUCUGGUACAAUGGAAAGCUCUACCAGAGCCCGGAAGAGCUGGCUCGGAAGUAUGAAGAGGGACAGGUGGAUGUGGUGGUUCUGGAGGACCUUCCCCCCAAGGGCCAGGGCGGGGAGAGCACUCAGGAACCGCCCCUCUUCUCCUCCUACAAGCCACGUGGGGAGUUCCCCACCCCCACCACCGUGAACGGCCCCCGGCAGGUGCAACCCCAAGGCCCCCGCUACAAGCUGGAGGGCAACACAGUGCACUACGGCGGCUGGAGCUUCUCUUUCAGGCUGCGCUCCUCCUCGGGGCUACAGAUCCUGAACGUGCACUUCAACUGUGAGCACAUCGCCUAUGAGGUGAGCGUGCAGGAGGCCGUGGCACUGUACGGAGGGCACACGCCUGCAGGCAUGCAGACCAACUACAUCGACGUGGGCUGGGGCUUGGGCAGCGUCACUCACGAGUUGGCCCCUGGCAUCGACUGCCCGGACACGGCCACCUUCCUGGAUGCCCUCCACUACUAUGAUGCCGAUGACCCCGUGCGCUACCCGCGAGCCCUCUGUGUGUUUGAGAUGCCCACAGGCGUGCCCCUUCGCCGACACUUCAAUUCCAACUUCAGUGGGGGCUUCAACUUCUAUGCCGGGCUGCCGGGCCAGGUGCUGGUGCUACGGACGACGUCAACCGUCUACAACUAUGACUACAUCUGGGACUUCAUCUUCUACCACAACGGGGUGCUGGAAGCCAAGAUGCACGCCACUGGCUACAUCCACGCCACCUUCUACACCCCCGAGGGGCUGCACUAUGGGACCCGCCUGCACACACACCUGCUUGGCAACAUGCACACUCACUUAGUGCAUUACCGCAUUGACCUGGACGUGGCAGGCACCAAGAAUAGUUUCCAGACCCUGCAGAUGAAGCUAGAGAACAUCACCAACCCCUGGAGCCCAAGACACCACCUGGUCCAAUCAACCCUGAAGCAGAUGAGUUACCACCGGGAGCGCCAGGCAGCCUUCCGCUUCGGACAGACUCUGCCCAAGUACCUGCUCUUUACUAGUCCCAAGGAGAACCGCUGGCAUCAUAAGCGCAGCUACCGGCUACAGAUCCACUCCAUGGCCGACCAGGUGCUGCCCCUGGGCUGGCAGCAGGAGCGGGCUGUCACCUGGGCCAGGUACCCCCUGGCAGUGACCAAGUACCGGGAAUCAGAGGUGUGCAGCAGCAGCAUCUAUAACCAGAACGAUCCCUGGGACCCACCUGUGGUCUUUGAGGAGUUUCUCCACAACAAUGAGAACAUUGAAAACGAGGACUUGGUGGCCUGGGUCACCGUGGGUUUUCUGCACAUUCCCCACUCAGAGGACAUCCCUAACACUUCCACACCGGGAAACUCCGUGGGCUUCCUGCUCCGGCCUUUCAACUUCUUCCCUGAGGACCCAUCCCUGGCGUCCAAAGACACCGUGAUUGUGUGGCCUCGGGACAGUGGCCCCAACUACGUCCAGCGCUGGAUCCCUGAGGAGGAUGGGGACUGCUUAAUGCCUGACCCUUUUAGCUACAAUGGAACCUACAGGCCUGUGUGAAGGACCCUCUGCCCCCAAAUAACCCCACCUAGAAGCCCAACUGCCCCUCAGGGACAGACAAUAAAGCCCUUCAGGGCUCA